AUGAGCAUUCAAGGAGGAGUAAUGAGCCACACUGCUCCAAAGAUCACCCAGCAAUGGAUAGAAUGUCAACAGGAGUGCACGAACCGCAUCGCCUUUUUUAAUUAUCAGUUGGAAUGGAACGCUACUGUGGAGAAUUACGACGAGUACCCUGACACUUCAUCUAACGACAAUUCCUACGUGGUUGAGACGCUCUAUGUCGAUGGCCAGCCGUUUGAAGAAUUCAAUAGGGCUCGCGAUCUUAACUAUUGCAAGGUACGAUGUCUGGACAACUAUCUGAUAGCUAUCUGCAAAAAAUACAGACUAGGGUCGACUCAUUUCAAAAAAGGCAAUCGCUCAAAAAUCGUCAACGAUCAAUUAAAAAGAAUUUGCGCAAAAGUCACAUUGCCGUCUUCAAUUUCAUAG